GCUUCCCCACCCCAAACUGGCUAUGUCAGCUGUACCAGUCCUUCCCUCCAGCUCCCUAACACCAUCUGCCUGACCUGAGCUUUGCCAUGUUGCUGCCACUGCUGGGUGCCUGUGCCGUACUGGGGCCGUUCCAUGGCCCAGAGUGGGAGCCAGUGCAGGGUCUGCUCCCUGAGGAUCGCAGCUGCAGGGACCCUAGGUGCCGAGGCAACCUGUUUGUCCUCUGUCUCUUUCUGAUCUGGCAGAUGCGGCACUAUUGGCGCCAGGUCACCAGGACCCGCCCCAACAGGAGGAAUGUCAACAAGGUGCCACCACAGAAGUUGGCAGUGCCCUCCAUGAGACAUGAAACUUUCUUCAGGCCAACUCCUGAAUUCUUCCUCAGUCCUGGCAAGUUCAGGGGCCUGGAUGCUCAUGUCCAACAGUGGACACAAAAGAAGAGAUGGGGAUACCAGAGGAGGCUCCAGGAGUCAUGGGCCCAGUACCUGCUCUCUCCACAACACCUGUGUCAGGGCCUAUCUUGGGGUGCCCACACACACUCUGAGCCCAUCUUUUGUACCACCUCCUUUUCAAGCACCUGUCUGCUCCCUCAGGGAAGUUCCUGGAAAGCAUGUCAGGUACCCUGGUGUCUCAGUGAUGGGUGGACUCACCCUGCCUUGGACAUGUGCCAAAACAUGGAGCAGCUACUGGUUCACUCCCAGGGAAAGUUGGUGCCACUGGAACCUGUCAUCAGCAUGAGGUCCUGUCCCACCUCCAUGACCUUAGCCACCUCUCUUCCAAACCUCCCUUCAGCUCAGAGGCUACAGUUCUGCCCCAGAGAGUUCCUGCCUGAUCUUUCCAACCAGCUACUAGGAAUGCGUACCUGGAAGUCUUGGGACUGCCCACAAGAGGCCUGGGCUCCAAGGGGUGAAAAACAGACCGUAGGCAGUGGGGACAGUAGAGAGAUCCAGGCUCCAGAGUGGGUGAGCCAGAGAGUGAGCAGAGGGGCAGAUACUUGGGAAAUUCAGGCAUCUGGGAGGCAACUUCCCAUAGCCUUUGGUAUGGAGGAUGAUGCAGAGACUAAGGUCCUGGAAUAUGAAAACCAGAGACUAGUAAUAAGUGAAACUGAUGGCGAGAUCCUGACACCAGGGUGGGAGAAGCAGGACCAGAUGGGAGUCAAGAAUAGAGUCAAAAUUCAGGAACUUGGGAAGAGAAACCCAAGGGAAGCUGGAAGUAAGAAUCCUCCUGAAACCCAAGCACAUAAGGGAGAGAACCAAGAACACUUAAGAUGUAAAACUGAUGCAGAGACUCAAACACCAGAGUGGGGGAACCAGGGUAAGAAUGGAGGUGAGGAUGCUGUGGAGAGGAAAAACAAGAAACAGGCCAGAGGGGAGGAUAAGGGAGAGAUCCAGGCUCAAGGAUUGGGGAAGCAGGACCAGACUGGAGGUGAGAAUGGUGGGGAGACCCAGAUGCCAGAGUGGGGGGAACAAGACCAGAUUGGAGGUGAUGCUGGUGCAGGAAUUCAGACAGAAGAUGGAAGAAACAAGGAUCAGGUUGGAGGUGAGGAUGCUGUGCAGGAACAAGACCAGAUUGGAGGUGAUGCUGGUGCAGGAAUUCAGACAGAAGACGGAAGAAACAAGGAUCAGGUUGGAGGUGAGGAUGCUGUGCAAACGCCGUCAUUCAGGAAGGAGAACCUGGGAGAAGUGAAAAAAGAGGAUGGUGUAGAGGCCCAGGCCCUGGAGUGGGGAAAACAGGAAUACAUUGGAAGUGAGGAGGUUACAGAGAUCCAGACACCAGGGUGGGAGAAGCAGGAUCAGGGUGGAAGUGAGAAAGCCUGGAAGACCCAAACAUCUAGAGGAGAGAACCAGAAAUUAUUAAAACAUGACAUUCAACUGGGCUGGGAAAACCAAGGCCUGGGAAGAGACAAGAAUGCCGAGGAAACCCAGAUAAUGAGCAGGAAGAAGCUCAAGGAGAUAAGAGAGGAGGAUUGGGUGGUGAUCCAGGCACCAUGCUGGGGAAACCGGACACUGGUGGCAAGUGAAACUGAUAAACAAUUCGAAAUACCAUGUUGGGCGUAUCAAAACCAGAUUGGAGGAGACCACAGAGCAGAAAUUCAGGCACCAGAGAAGACAGACCAUAGAAAGGAUGGAGACGAGGAUGGUACAAAUACUCUGGCACCCAAGGCCAAGAACCAGGAACAAUUAAGAGGUGAAACUCAUACAGAGACCCAUCUAGCAGGGAGGAAGAACCAGGAGCAGUUUGGAGAUGACAGUGGUACAGACAUUCAGGCACUAGGGCCAAGAAACCUGAAAGGGGUUAAAGGUGAGGAUUAUAAAGAGACCCAGCAACCUGGGGAAGAAAAUCAGGGUCAGUUAGGAAAUGAAUUUAAUGGAAAGGUUCACAUACCAAAGUGGAAGAAUCAGGAACAUUUUAAAGGCGAGGACGGUGCAAAUACCCAGACAUCUGAGGCAGAGAACUGGGGCGAAUUAACAAGUAAAAUUGAUGGAGAAACCCAUUCAGCAGGAUGGAAGACCCAGACAACUGAGGCAGAGAACUGGGGCGAAUUAACAAGUAAAAUUGAUGAAGAAACCCAUUCAGCAGAAUUGAAGAAAGAGGAGCAGAUUGGAGGUGAGAAUGGUGCAGAAAUUCAAAUACAAGGGAAGAGAAACCUAAGUGAAGUUAUAGGUAAGGAUGGUGCAGAGAUCUGGGCACCUGGGAAAGAAAAUCUUGAUAGAAAGAUCGUUUUAUCAGAGUGGAAGAACCAGGAGCAGAUGGGAGGUGAGACUGAAACAGAAACUCAGGCCCCAGAGAAGAGAAACCAGAGAGAACCUGGAGAUGAGGAUCACGUAAAGACCCAGAGCCCAGAGAGCGAGAACCAGGGACAGUUAGGUAGUGAAAAUGGAGGAAGCCACUCACCAGGGAGGAGGAACUGGGAGCAGACUGGAGGGAAGAACAUUACAGAAAAUCAGGCAUCAGAGAAGAGAAACCAGAGAGAGGCUGGAAGUGAGGAUGGUAGAAAGAUCCAGAGACUUAGGGAAAAGAACCAGAGACUCUUAAAAAGCAAAGUUAAUGAAAAUGCCUGUUCAUUAGAGUGGAAGAACCAGGAACAGAUUGGAGGUGGGAAUGAUGAAGAAAGUCAAAUACAAGGGACAAUAAACCCGAGAGGAACCACAGGUGAUGAUGGUACAGAGACCCAGGCUCCUGGGAAAGGGGACCAGGGACAGUUAAGAAGUGAAAUUGAUGGAGAGAUCCAGGCACAAGGGCAAGGAAACCAGAAAGAGGGUGGAGAUGAGGAUGCUGCAGAACUCCAGGAUGUUGGGAGCCAGAGAAAAUGCAGAGCUGAGGAUGCUGGAGAGCCUCGAGAACCAAUGGGAGGAAGCAAGGAUCAGGUGAGAGGAAAGGAUAUUGCCAGGGCUAGUCUCCAGGCUGACUGUUCUGGGAGUGAGGGGCCCACAGGUAGGCAGCACAGCCCAGCACGGCCUCCAGCCUUCACUGGUUCUGGAUAUGGGUCCACGGAACCGGAACAGACAGUGGCUGUGAACGGUUUAGCCCCUGCUCCCUGUCCUGAGAUGAAGCCUCUGGCCAGCCAGGGCACAGCCCCUCCCAGGCAGCACAGAGCGGGGGUCAGUCCAGCCUCCCAGCAGGGGAUUCAGGCCCAAUCUAAAUCCCAGAGAAGAAGACAAAGGGACAAAAGGGUGGAUGCAGAGAAGGCUUCCAGCCCCACUGGGCAGCCCUGGAGCCAUGUGCCCUCUGCCUGCCCCCCCCUUCUGUGUGGCCAAGCUCCUGAAGCUGACACAGCUCUGGUGGGUGCUCUCACUGCUUUCACUGUCCCACCCAAGUUACCAGUCCUCAAGAAGAGCAAACACCUGCUCCUGGAGUCCCUCAUGAAGCGGAGAAUUGCACACCUGCAGUGGGGCCUUCCCCGGAGGAUCCUGGAGUCCUAUCUGUUGUUUAACUUCUUAGGAUCUUGUUCAUUGCCCCUUGCUGGGGUGAGGUUCCCCGGAUUAUACACAGGCCAGGAGCUCCAAGGGCAGCAGGAAAGACAUUGUGAGCCCCAGGGCUCCAUGCCAAGCCCUAAGACCCCAGAGAAGUUCCAGAGGGUUCAGCCCCUCAGCAGAAAAAGCUCAAAACUUCCUACACAGGCCCAAGCUCUGGAGAAGUAUAGACCAGACAGGUCAGAGUCCAGAUAUUUCCACCCAGCCUGAAAAGCCCAGGAGAGUCAUGCAACCAGGGGGCGCCAGAGACUCACAGGACAUCCAGGAAACUGCUCCUAGCGCCAAGCUCCCUGCUCCCAGG